CAUCGGCGCUCACAGCAGUAGCAGAACACACCUCAGAAAACCUUUGAAAAAACCUCAGCCUGACAAACUCGUUCUCGAUCUGUCGUUACACUUUUCAUUUUUCUUUCUCUCCAAAAUGGACGUGUUCAUGAAGGGGUUCUCCAUGGCGAAGGAGGGAGUCGUGGCCGCAGCGGAGAAGACCAAAGCGGGAAUGGAGGAGGCUGCGGCCAAAACUAAAGAGGGAGUCAUGUAUGUAGGAAACAAGACAAAGGAGGGAGUGACUGCAUCAGUAAACACAGUGGCUAACAAGACUGUGGACCAGGCUAACAUCGUCGCAGACACAACGGUUGCUGGGGCCAACGAGGUUUCCCAGGCAACGGUGGAGGGAGUCGAGAACAUCGCCGCAUCAGCCGGAUACAUCAACCAGGGAGAGUAUGGAGGAAUGGAGCAGGGUGGUCAAGGAGGAGAGGGAUACUAGCUCACCCACCUCAGGACCCCCUCCUCGCCCGUGCCCUCGCCUUGCUGUACCAGACUCCAGAUGUUCAGCAUAUUUUUUGUGACUUUAUUGAACCAAAUCUACAAACAAAACAGACUUUUCUUGGUGUCGCUCCUCUGCCUCUGAAUACCUCCACAUUACAGCAUCACAAGCCCAGCAGAAGCAGCCAACAGCUAGCACCCAAGUAUUUUUCUUGCCUUUAAAAGUCCUUGAAUUUUCUUGCAGCUUGUAGCUUUCUCCCCGUGUCACUGUGUUGUAAUCCCGUUGUAAUUCGCCACCAUGCUAAACCUUUUGAGACGCUUCACUUGCUAACACGCCUAAAAAGAAGAAGUACAAUGAAGAAAUAGCAACGUGAUUUGACAAAGUGAUAUCUGAAGAUAGGCCUACAGAGCUCCUGCAACCAGGGACGCCAUAUUGACAGUGGUGAAUUAUGGGUAAACAAUGAUUUAUCUUAAAACUAAUCCCAUUUAACCUUAGUGACCCUUACCUGGCAGUAUAGAUAGCAUCAAUUUUGCCUUAACUCUGCACAAUCUGGACAUCUGGUUUACUUUUCACCUUCUUAUGUCAUCGAAGAGGCUCCCUGGAGAUGUUUGUGAAAAAUAGACUUAAUAAAUCCCUGUACCUAUAACGUUUACAGAUACUGAUAUAGUGAAAUUGAUGAAAUAGCGAAAAAAAUUGCUAAUGUGCAGAUGUUCUAGCCAAUUAGCAGCUAACUCACUCACGACAAUGUAAAAAAUAUGCAAAACAUUUGGUAACGUUAUAAUGUCGUUAACCAAACACUUUAAACAUCACAAUAUCGAUGUAAAAAUACAUUUGUAGCUUAAUUAAUGUAGCGCGUGAUUAGCUGCUAGCCCGUUUAGCUGUAGAAAUCCACUUUGGAGCUUUGUAAUCUCUAAAACUCCCAUAAAACGGCCGACUGGAACUCUCUACCACAUUCCUUGCCAGUAUGAGCGUUUGGAGGUGCAUGCUGGGAUUGCGUGACGACAACUGUAGGAGCUCUAUUGUAAAGUAUUGUGGAACUUUGACCCUGUACCAAAAACGCAGUACAGAACAAAACAGCAGUGAAUGCAAACUACCGCAUUCAGAAAACCACAAAUUAGCCUAAUUAAUGAUAAUACCCAGUAAGUCCAAGUGCUAAUGUCUAGCUAGCAUGUAGCCUAUAAUCUAAAGUAAACAAAGAAACCUAGCAAGAAUGUUUACGGGAUUUAUAUCUGAUAACUGCAUGUACUAUAAAGGUUCUAUCAUAUAACAUUAAUAGCCACAUAGUCCAGGCAGGCUAGCGUUACAAACUAUGGCCUUGUUAGCGUAGCAUUUACUAGCUCUAACCCCUAACUAAAGGGAAGGAUAAUUGUGUAUGUUUUUAUACCAAGAUACUAAAAUUCAUAUUAAUGCCUCUGAAUAAAAAUAUUAAUUCAAAAUAACAAAGCUAACUAUAUUAAAAGCCAUGUACAAUUACCCUAUAUGCUAACAUGCUAACAUCUUAAUCAAAUUUAACUAGCACUUCUAUUUAGCAUGAUUGCUUUAUUAGUGAGCUAACAAAAGUGACAGUAAUAUUUAUGAUCCUUACCAAAAACAAAAUACAUAAGAGGAAAUUUGAUUAAUAUGAACGAUAAGGAUCAUUUUCUUGUAAAAAAAAUGACAACAAACAUUUAAAUUAAUAAUUAACCGUCUCUGUCCAUUAAUUGGUAGAAAUCAGGUAAAACCACAAUGGCGCAGAACUGAUGAAUGUUGGCUAACCUCUUGUAACAAACGCUAAAAAUGCUAAUGUAUGCUAACCCCAACCCCACACAGGUGUUCAAAACGGUUUUAAUCCCGGGCUGCCAAAUUAGUUAUUUUGAUUUAAAUUUGGCCUCACUCUGAAUAAAGAAUGAGGACAGACAAAUAAAAAGUUCCAAAGUGUGGCAUUUGGGUCCAGUGUGCUAAUUUGGCCAUGCUCAAACUAUUCAUGGGUUUCAUCAUGUUGAAAACAUAGGACCGUUGCCAUAGCAUUUAACAAUAUAAAACAAAAUAGACCAUCUUGGGAAAAGGUCCUGUUGCAUAUUUAUGGGUUUCAAACAAUUCUGUCCUGAUUUGAAGGACUUUGUGAGGACCCAUAGAGACGACCUUUCUACGUUUAAAAGAUAAUAUUUUUAUUUGAAAUGCUUAAUUGCUACAGUGAGUCAAAUAAGUAUUUGAACACCCUGUGAUUUUGCAAGUUCUCCCACUUAGAAAUCAUGGAGGGGUCUGACAGUUUCAUCUUAGGUGCAUGUUCACUGUGAGAGACAUAAUCUAAAAAAAAAUCUAGAAAUCACAUUGUAUGAUUUUUUUAAAUAAUUUAUUUGUAUGUUACUGCUUCAAAUAAGUAUUUGAACACCUGAGAAAAUCAGUGUUAAUAUUUGGUACAGUAGCCUUUGUUUGCAAUGACAGAGGUCAAAUGUUUCCUGUAGUUUUUCACCAGGUUUGCACACACUGCAGGAGGGAUUUUGUCCCACUCCUCCACACAGAUCUUCUCUACAUCAGUCAGGUUUCUGGGCUGUCGCUGAGAAACAGAGUUUGAGCUCCCUCCAAAGAUUUUCUAUUGGGUUUAGGUCUGGACACUGGCUGGGCCACUCCAGAACCUUGAUAUGCUUCUUACGGAGCCACUCCUUGGUUAUCCUGGCUGUGUGCUUCAGGUCAUUGUCAUGUUGGAAGACCCAGCCACGACCCAUCUUCAAUGCUCCAACAGUGGGUCUUUUUGCACCAAGCUGCUUGGAAAUUGCCCCGUAGCCCUUUCCAGCCUUGUGGAGGUCUACAAUUUUGUCUCUUGUGCAUUUUGACAGUUCUUUGGUCUUGGCCAUGUUAGUAGUUGGAGUCUUACUGAUUGUCUGGGGUGGACAGGCGUCUUUAUGCAGCUAACGACCUUAAACAGGUGCUUCAAAUUUAGGAUGAGUGGAGUGGACUUUUUAAAGGUGGACUAACAGCUAGAAUUCUGACCCUCAAAGACCUGAUAGACAGGUGUUCAAAUACUUAUUUGCAGCAGUAACAUAAAAAAAAAUAAUAAUAAUAAAAAUCAUACAAUGUGAUUUCCAUAUUUUUUUUUAGAUUAUGUCUCUCAUAGUGGACAUGUGCCUAAGAUGAAACUGUCAGACCCCUCCAUGAUUUCUAAGUGGGAGAACUUGCAAAAUCACAGUGUGUUCAAAUACAUAUUUGCCUCACUGUGUGACGACGGAGCGCAGUUGCAAUAGCUUGAAACCCAUGAAUACCAGGAGGCUGAAACUCAUGAAUAUCACAUAUCACAAUAUCAGGACGUAGUCUAAAUAUCUAUGCAAUAAAAAAGUUAUGACCUAAACCAAUAAUAAAAUAAUUGAACACUAAAAAAUAGACAAAAGUAUGUUUUUAGAGUUUGCAGUGCACUCACUUAACCUUUCCUCGUGAGGCCUAGCUAGUUUACGUUUGUAGAGACAGGUGAGGCUGGUUUAGCUUGAUCGACAGGUUCAUGUUUUGUUUGGGCUAAAUUAAGGACUGCAUUGUCAAAGUAAAUUGUAUAGUAACUCUUAUAAGACUGUAUUAUUUAAUGAUGGGUGUCUAGUGAUGGGUGGUUGUAUUAUUGACUUUACCAGACAUUAAAAAAAUGAAUUGUAGAAGUUAGCUCAUUUUUUCAAUAUAGUUAAAUAUCAGAUACCACAGGGUGACCACACGUCCCCGUUUAUCCAGGACAGUCCCAGUCUUGAGCCCUGUGUCCCAUGUCCCAGCGGAUUUAUUCAAAACUAGUGAUUUGUCAGAUGUUUUUGUUCAAAUACAGAAAACUGCUUGAAAAUCAUUAGAAGUUCACAAGUUGAGAAUGGAUCGAGAGGUUAAUAAUGUCCUUAUGUACAAGCCUGUUUAUUAUUACCAUUUAUUAUUACCAGCCACCCCAACCCGGAGUGUCCCAGGUUUUAUUUUUAAAAUCUUGCCACUCUGUAUUACUACUGAACAGCAGCUGUAGAUAUGGAAGUGAAAAGAACAUUUUUUUGGUUAGACUCAGUGGGCCAGAGGGUCAGAUCCAUCCAUUUCUUUAUGAAAAAACUGUGUAGAUAAGUAGAUGUAAUAUUUACGGUGAUGUUAGCUUGUGAAGCAUCUCUGUUUUAUUUGAAGCCAAUGGAAACUAAAGCCUGCAUGUUGCCUUAUCACUUACACACGACACUUAUUGUAACACAAAAACACACCACACACGCAAAAUACAGAACAAACACAUUUAAGUUCAAAGUAGAUUCCCUGAUUUUAUAAACUGUGCCGGACUAAAUAAAUUGUUUUGUUCAAAUCCACCAAA